AUGGGUCAAUCUCAUUCUAAGAAACCACAAUGGCCGUCUUCUCUAGAUUUAAUUGACUUCCGUCGCCAGAUCCAAGCAGGUGACUUAAUUCUGAUUAGCACAUCCGUUCCACUUGAAACUGAUAUGAAAAUUCCUCCGACUCUUCUACACUGUAUUGAGUAUAACUUACACAAUAGGACUUCUGUGAGCACUCAUAGGAAUUUUCCAUUACAUUACAUUAGAAUUUAUAUCGCUUAACGUCCACUACGGGGUUACAACUCCAGGUUUAUCACUCGCCUUUCGUCGCAUCGGGCCCACCAGUCUGCUGGAGACAAACUCGCUUUGAUCACCAGGGUGCUUCCAGGGGCAAAUGUCCACGUCUUCGACGGCUCAUGGAUGAGCUACUUGCUUGUACAUGGGUUGCUUUUCCGAAAAACCCAAAAAAUGGAUUUUUCUGGUCGGCUAUCGGCAAAAAGGAAAAAUGCAAAGCCUGGGACGUAACGCCCAGUUUCACGCUAGGGAGUUGCCCGAAUGGUCCAGAGGACUUUGCUGGGCUUCCCCUUUCCAACCUUGCACCCUCCUUCCCCACGAGGAAAAAUCCACCCCUGAGAAUAGACUUGGGCUAGGCUCUGAAAGCUACCAGAAUGCUUACCUAGCAUUGCUGUCCAUCUCUGAAAUGGUAAAACCUUGCCGGAUAUAAUUAAAAUAUGAGUCGAGGCUGCAUGGCCGGGAGGCCAUGCCCAGACGAAGACGCCAUAUUUUAAUUAUCCAUAGGAAUUUUCCAGUAUGAGAUUCAGCAGGAAUUGUAGUGGAUAUGGCAUUGGGAGAUAACGAUAAAGGCGGAAAAUGCAUACUUGAACUUACACAGAAUGGUUUUGUGGAAAGUGAGUUUUUGGGGAGAAUGGCUGAAUUAAAAAGGAAACAACAUCGCAUUGCAGUUAGAUUUAUGGGAACAGAAAGAACAGCUGACUUUAGAGAAAAAUUGAAGUAUAUUGCGGAUUAUUUGAAUGGAAAAUCUCUGGAAGAUAUGACUGGGACUGAGGUUUAUAACGAAGUGAGAAGAAAAGUGGAUGAAAUAGUAGAAACAAGAACCAGGGAAUCUCAAAUUUAUGAUGAGCUUAAAAAAGCAUUUUAUAUGACCGUCACUGAUCCUAAUGAGCUAGCUAUCAAUAAAGGCCAAGUGCUAGACUUGCUGAGAGCGAACAAACCAUUGGAAAAAUCCCUAUUUACUUAAAAACCCACCUGCCGUGAGCGAACAAAAUUUUAUUUUAAACAGCCUGUGUUUUAAAGCAUAGAUUUACAAAUUAAAUUAAUAUUUGCUUCCAAUUUUUUGCGAAUUUGGAUAUUUUUAAAAAAAUUAACCCCAAACAAAAUUUUUUUCUAACUCAUGGAGAUGGGGGAGUGAGAGAAAUUUACCGGACUCAGAAUGGAUGUAGACUCAGAAAAACUAUUAGAGGAGCUAAAGCUGCCAGAAAGCGCCACUUAUGAAGAGUUCAAAGAAGCCUGGGCAGAUGGACCUGGAAGAAAACUACUAUCUGAGGAAUUUUAUGAGCCUUCUUUGCUGGUUGGGCAGCUCAUCCGGUAUAUUUAUCUUCACACCAAUGUGAUAUACGAGCUUGAAACUUCCAGACCAAUGGCGCUCACUCCAGACGAUUUUGCAACUCCUGCCGAUUUUGACACAGCCCUGGGCCCUGCCUUUAGGAAUGUCAUGCUGAAGACUUUCCCCAACAUCACAUUCGGCCCUCAUAUUCAAAUUAUGCUUUAA